GUUAAUGACUUCUUUGGACCCAUCAGAGAACUGAGGUCUCAGGGCCUCCCCCAAAUCAGGAGAAACAGGAAUAUGCAGAAAGUCACAGCUUUGAUCUGUUUACCUGGGGCAGAGGCAGCUGGAGCCACAACAGGAAGAAGCCCUUUGGUCAUUAUGAUGAAUGCUGGUGGCCAAAUGUUACCUGCCUUGAGAGCAAAUAGCCGCUAAGGACCUCAGGCUUAGGAGGCCCGAUACUAGGAUUCCAAUUCCAAUUCUAAGGCAUGGAUCCUUCCCUACUACCAAGCAAGUAAAUCAAUUCUGACACUACCUACCAGACAGAGCUUCAGUUCCCCCAGGUUAAGGGCGCUUUCCUACAAGACUUCUCUCUCGGGACACCAAUCACAAUUUCUGGAUGUCACCUGUGCUUCUGACUCACUGGCUAUAGAUCAGAGGUUUCCAUGACCCCCUUCUCAGGUUUAAUGAAUGGCAAAAGUAGCUGACAGAGCUCAGGGGAACAUUUUACUUACCAGAUUACCAGUUUAUUAUGAAAGAAUAGAACUCGGGAACAGCCAGAUAGAAGACAUGCAUAGGGCGAGGCACGUGCACCCUCCUGGUCCAUCACCCUCCCCAAAUCUCCAUGUGUUCACCAACCUGGAUGCUCCUGGAAGCCUGUCCUUUUGGGGUUUUAUGGAGGCUUCAUUACUAGGCAUGCUUGAUUAAAUCAUUGGCCACUGGCAACUGAUUCGACCCCCAACCCUUCCGGGGAGGAGGUGGGGAGUGGGACUCUGUAAUCACAUGGUUGGUCCCCCUGGCAAUCACAUGGCUGAAGCCCCAUCCUUUGGGGCUUCCCAAAAUCACUUCAUUAAGAUAUCAAAAGACACCUUUAGCGUUCUUACCAUGGGAAAUACGAAGUGUUUUAGGAGCUCUUUGCCAGAAACAGGAAAAAUAGACCAAAUUUAUACUUUUUAUAAUAAAUCACAGGAUCACACACUGUCAUUGGUUUUACCUUUCAGGGAUCUCACCAAUUUUUCUUUGUGAAAAUCAGAGAAAGAUCUCCUGGUUCUGGCCAAGGGAGGAGAAAGGCAACCACUGUGAAAUACACCUAGAGUGUUUUCCGUGACAACAGGACAGGUGAAAAUAAAGACCUCAGGAGAAUUUGAAGGUUCUGGUGCUGAGAGCUACAAUAAACAGUAAACACAGCCAAACUGCAAUCCAGAAUAACGUAAAUCCUCACAUUCAAAGCCAAUUAACUAUAGUUAAUCAGCACAUCAUGUCAAGCUUUCAACUAAAAAUACCAGACAUUCCAGAAGGCAAAAAAGACAGUCCAGAUUGAUAAACAAGCAUAGAACCAGACUCAGGUAUAACACGAGUGUUAGAAUUAUCUAUCAGAGCAGAAAUCUAAAACUGUGAUUAAGAUGUAAAGGGCUCUGAUGACUAAUUUAGACAGUAUGCAGGAACACAUGAGCAGUGUAUGUAGAAAGAUGAAAAUGCUAAGAAUCAAAAGGAAAUGCUAGAAAUUGAAAACACUGUAACAGAAAUGAAGACCGCCUUUGAUGGGCUCAUCAGUCUAUGGUAUAGGAAAGAAUCAGUGAACUUGAAGAAAUGUUAAUAGAAACCUCCCAAACUGAAAUCCAAAAUGAAAAAGGAAUAAUAAUAAUAAAAAAUAGAAAACAGAAUAUUCAAGGACCGUGGGAUAAUUACAAAAGGUGUAGCAUACAUGCAAUUAGAAUAGCAGAAGGAGAAGAGAAGAGAGCAUAGAAGAGAUCUUUGACUAAUGCCUGAGAAUUUUCCAAAAUUAAUGAUGGAGACUAAACCACAGAUCCAGGAAGCUCAGGGAACACUAAGCAGGAUAAACAAACAAACAAACAAACAAACAAAACCCAUACCUAGGCACAUCAUAUUCAACUACAGAAAAUCAAAGAUGAAAAAAACCUUGAAAGAACCAGGGCGAGGGGGAACACCUUACCUAUCGAGAAAUAAGGGGAAGAGUUACAUUGGACUUCUCAGAAAUCAUGCAAGCAAGAAAGUGCGGCAUGAAAAAUGUAAAAUGCUGAUAUAAAAACCCCCACCAACCUAAAAUUCUGUAUCCAGCAAAGCUAUUCUUCAAAAGGGAAGGAGAAAUAAAGACUUUCUCAGACAAACAACAAUGGAUGGAAUUUCACCAGUAGACCUGCUUUGCAAAUGUUAAAAGGAGUUCUUCAAAGAGAAGGGAAGUGAUGAAGGUCAGACAUGCUGAUCUACAUAAAGAAAAUUAGAGUAUUAGAGAAGGAAUAAGUGAAAGUAAAACAAAAUCCUUUAUUUCUCUAUUCUUAGAUGAUCUGAUAACUUUUCAAAUAAUAACAGCAACAAUAUAUUGGAUGAUAAUGACAGCAAUGUUAUAAGGCAUGGGAGGGAAGAAAUGGUAAUACUCUGUUAUUCCUGUUUAUAAGUUAUUUGCACUACUUGUGAAGCAAAAUAGUGUGAUUCGAAAGUGGACUUACACUGGUUAUAAAUCUAAAUUUCAAACUCUAGGGCAAUCAUUUUUUUUUAAGUUUAAAGAGAAGCAUAAUUAGUUUACUAAAUAGAUAGGACAUGGAAUCAUAUCACAGUACAGCCAUGACAGAGAUCUCUAAAAAUCCUUAAUACCCAUAACCAUUUUGAAAUGACAGUACUUACAAGUCUUCCCCAAGUAGAACGUGCUAUUUAAUGCACUGAUAAACUUGCGUAUUUAUAACUGCAUGACAAAUGUAUACAUAUUUUGAUAAUAAAUGAAGACUCACAGAAAUGGCAAAACCUAAAUGCUUUUAUGUUAGGUGGAACAAAGAGAGGCAAUUGUGAAAAAAUAAAUAAAAUAUAUGGGGGAGCUACAGGAAGAUAAGAAUUAUUUCAGCAAGGUCAAUUUGUGCAGAAUCCGCUUUGAUCUUAAUUCCCUGUCCUGGAUGAUAAGACUGUUUCUUAUCCUGGUAUAGGGCAGGCAUCUUUCAUGUGGGAGUUUUAACUUCUGUUUUCAGGAAGAAAAAGAAUGCUCUUACAUCUGCUGUUUUUCAAGUGCCUUUAACUCACAAUAACCCUUGCACUGAAAUGGCAUAUUUUGGGAUGGCACAUUCUGCCACCCUUCAGCUGUGGCUUUAAGAUCUGCAAGUAUCUCACAGGGUUAGGCAAAGGGGGAUUCUCUCUUAUAGGGGGAAGUGGAAAAGACUAGAAAGAACUGGGUGUGGGGAAGUGGGAUAACAGGGCGGCCAAUGGGACAGUGGGUCAAGGGGAGGCUUGACCCUGAGGCUGGCCAGUUCCCAGGAAGAGCCAACGAUCAGGGCCGAGGGAAAGGAUAGACACUGAAUCAAAGUUGAGCAAAUGAGCAACUUGUUCAGAUCCAUCAGUCGGGACAAGAGGUUCAGGUAAUCACGCAUGAGGCAAGGAUGGGUAUUUGCAAGGUCUGUGCUUGGUCCAUCAUGGGUCAACAAGGGGACAUUACGAGUCUCAUCUUAGUCAUAUGGGGGGAAAGGUUCUUUCCAGGGCACAAGGGAUGAGAGAAUUCCUUUAACCAUUAGUGAGGAAAAUUCAAACGUCACUACUUACGGGCCAAAUGCGGAGUGCAGGCUUCUGGAACUUUCUGCCCCUCCCCUUCCCCCCCUCCAUGGGGGAGGAAAAGGAGAUUGCUGAGGAAAAACAAGGGAUCUGGGCACAGAGAUACAACAUCCACGGCAAUGCAACACCAGUGAUGACGCCCACAGCGAGAGGGCUCCGACACAGAGGACCGUGAGCAGGUCCGUGAGUUCCAAGACACGAGACUGUGAGGCCAAGCCCAGGAAAGUGAAGAUAAAGGGCAGGCAGCUGAGCGGAAUGCCCCACGGACCAAUCAGAGCUCAGCCUGCCAUCACGCCACCUGACAACUGGCCAAUGGGAAGGCGGCAGCCUCUAUAAAAGCGGGCACAGUGCGCCGCCUCAGCGAUUGACGGCGGUGGAAAUUGACGGCGGUGGAAAGGUGACAGCGGUGACACUCGGGGAGUGGCGGAACCAUGGCUCGCACGAAGCAGACGGCGCGCAAGUCUACAGGCGGCAAGGCACCACGCAAGCAGUUGGACGCUAAGGUGGCUCGUAAGAGCGCGCCUGCUACCUGUGGCAUGAAAAGGCCUCACCGGUUUCGGCCCGGCACUGUAACGCUGCGCGAGAUCCGCCGCUACCAGAAGUCCACGGAGCUGCUCAUCCGCAAGCUGCCCUUCCAGCGGCUGGUACGGGAGAUUACCCACGACUUCAUAGCGGAUCUGCGUCUUCAGACCUCAGCUGUGAUGGCGCUGCAGGAAGCGUGUGAGGCCUAUCUGGUGGGUCUUUUUGAAGACACCAAUUUGUGUGCCAUCCACGCCAAGCGUGUAACCAUCAUGCCUAAAGACAUGCAGUUGGCAAGGCGUAUCCGUGGCGAGCGUGCUUAAGCGCUGUGCACGCAGCUUCUGUGCUCACCCCAAAGGCUCUUUUCAGAGCCACUGCCUGCUCUCCAAGGGUGCUGUGCACAACUUGAUUGUAGUUAGCUCCUUCUGUCUUAAGCUAACCAGGGAGCUAUGUGGUUGCGUGCUAACACCGUCCCCUUAAAAGGAUUUAACUUAAGGAAAUCAUUGAUUAAUCCCUAGUAUAGUGCUUGAGAGAGGGUAUCUUGCUUUGCAAGGUAGUUUUUAGAAUAGCUGGACAAUGUGGGUGCACUUGUCAACAGGUUUUCCAGCUCUUAAAAGAAGCAUAAGUUGCUGUGGAACUCUACAGCCAGGGUGGUUAACCCGUACUCCUGGUAGAGUUGUGUAGAGAUAACCUGAGCAUGGCUUUGAGGGAAAGAGUGUAAGGAAGGACUGUUUGAUCCUCCAUUGGUGCUGGUUGGAAGCUUCUAAGGUUUUAUUAAGUUCAUAAAGGCCAUGCACUUCCAGGCACUGGCCAUACCAAGCAGAUAAACUCCAUCCCCUACUGUCCUGGCUCAGCCUGCGUUUUCAAGGUGCUUACGGCUGUGUGAAGGAAGCCUGUAUGUAAGAAGCCAGUUACUGUGCAAUGUGCUUUGGUGAUAGCUCAAUGUUAGUAUGCAAGGGUGGGUUUUUACCCAGGAGAGUUUAAGAUUCAAAAUCUUCAUCAAUUAAAGUAGUGUACACAAAACUAUUUUAAAGAUUUGAAGUUGAAAGGUUGAAAAUAGUCUGUUAAACUUCAUAGUGUAUAUAAGUUAAUGGGUGACAAGUCCUUGAAGGACCAUCUAAAAAGCCAAGAGUGUCCAGGGACAGUUAUGUACUGGUUCUGAAGUCAGUUCUAACUUUUAACAUUAGACUCUUCUUAAAUUCAAGUCUGCACUUCAUGCUUUUUCUGUGCUUUAUGAAGUCUUCCUCUUGCAAGGAAUAGACUUGAAUUCACAUGACACACCUAAAGAAAGCACCAGACAGCUACUGGAUCUGCACAUCAUCCGGUGACCUGAAAACAAGAUUUCCUGGAAUGAAGCAGAUGGCAUUGAAAUUGAAGACUUCCCAAGAUGCCCAGAUCAGGCCUUUUGGAAUUUUGUCACUAAGGCUUUAGUGGUGACAUACUACAGGUUAUUUCCAAUGUCUAUGAUCUUGGGAACAUAGGGACUUUAGAUAAAAAGUUUCUGAGAGUUCUCCGUCCUACCCCUCCUUCAUAUUCAAAUAUGACCUUAAUAGAUCUGUACACUUUCUUCCCAAUGUGAGGCACUACACCCACGAGAGUUUGUUCCUGAGACAAAAAGUCACUGAAACUAGAAAACCUGAUUUUUAUUCACUGAUGCUUUUAGGGCAAGAUUCUGAUCAAAAAGUAGUAAUGAAAAAGACAAACAGAAACCCCAGUUAAAUAGAACUGGGAGACAAGAAGGGGGACCUCUCAUGCCCUGAGAUGAUAGCAAAACCUAAGGGGUAAAAGAAAGACUCCUUUCUGAAGGAGGAAGGGAACGCAGACUCACUGUCUAGAGAAUCCUUUAAAAGGUUAAAUUUAAGCUCUGCCUGAGUUGAUACUUUUGCUUGAGUAAUAGAAAAAGUUAUCCUAAGGGAACAGAAAGUCCUGCCUGCUUAAUCUUGUUGGACCACAUUGUUUGAAGGUCCCACCUGCUUAAUAUUGUUACUGCAAAGUGCUUGCUCCACCACGGAGAAUGAGCUGAAUGAUGGGGAAAGGACAGCCAAUGAGAAGAAGACAAGAAGCCUCAAGAGGAGUCAACCGAAAGACCCAAAGGGCAGGACUUCUCUCAGUUAAGCCACCUGGACUGACUUACAGCUUCCCCACUGGAGUAUCCUUUUUUCCAUUUCCUUAAGUAAAUAAAGUAGUUGUUUCCUCUGUCCUUCUGCCUGUUGUGAAUUCUUUCCAGCCGGCAGGCAAGGACUCACCUUUUGUGGGCUCCCCAUCCUAAAGGGGAGUCUUCUAUCUGCUAAUGUUUCCUGACAAGGACUCAACCAAUGAAAAGACAUGGACUUUUAAAAAUAUAGCCCUUCCAAUUUCCUUUUCCUCUCUAUAAAAGCAUUCUCUUUUCCCCUUGCCUUGUAGAAGACUUGCACAUGAUUCUCCGAAGUUGCAGGGCCAGAACUGGAAUUCGCUGCUUAUCUGGACUAAACCCAUCUUUGCUGGAGAAAUACCAGUUUGUUUCAGGUCAACAAGUUAAAAUGAGGUCACGAAGGUGGACCCUAACCUCAUAUGAUUGGCAUUCUUCUAAGAAGAGAUUAUGACACAUAGAAAGCCAUGUGAGAACAAAGGUAGACAGCUGUAA